AUGCAGUCAUUUGGUGAUAUGCAGUCAAUGACUUCCAAUAUAUUUUCAGCCUACGCAUCUGCUGCAGCAUCAAUGAUGCUAUUUCGAUCCAUGGCGCAUGAUAUUAUCCCGGAGCCCGUAAAAUCUUACAUCAUAUCUGCUUUCACUCGAAUUUUCAGCUAUCUUUUCACUCCAUCGGCGACCCGAAUCACGAUGGUAGUGGACGAGUACGGUGGGAUGACCCGCAACCAAAUCUACGACUCUGCCGAGGUUUAUCUGCACACAAAAAUCAGCCCAAAUACGGAGAGAUUCAAGGUAAGCAAGAAUCCCAAGAAGAGAAGUAUCAGUCUAAGUAUGGAGAAAAAUGAGCUGGUGAUAGAUACUUUCAACGGCAUCCAACUUGAAUGGCAGUUUGUGUUGGAAGUACCUGAAAAUCAAAAAGAUCAUUCUCAGUCAGAGAAAAGGUACUUUGAACUCCGUUUUAAUAAACAGUAUAGAGAAAUUGUGUUGAAUGAGUAUUUGCCUUUUGUAAUGGAAAAGGCCAAAGAAAUUAGGGAAAGAGACAGGAAUGUGAAAUUGUACACAAGGGAUUGCCCAUAUUCUUACCCAGACGAUGAAGAAGAUGUAGUGAAUGGAAGUGGAAUGUGGGGUUGUGUGAAUUUAGAUCAUCCCGUGACUUUUGAGAAAUUGGCAAUGGACCCACAAUCGAAAACAGAAAUAAUUGAGGAUUUGGACAGGUUUGUGAGGAGAAAAGAGUACUAUAAGAAAGUUGGAAAGGCUUGGAAGAGAGGGUAUCUUUUGUAUGGGCCUCCGGGGACUGGGAAAUCGAGCUUGAUUGCAGCAAUGGCGAAUUAUUUGAAGUUUGAUGUCUAUGAUUUGGACCUUACCAGUUUGUAUGACAAUUCUGAUUUGAAAGAGACUUUGCUCUCGACUACCACCCGAUCCAUUAUUGUGAUUGAAGAUAUUGAUUGCAGUGCUCCGAUGCUCAACCGGGAUGCUGAGCCUGAACCUUCUGAUACCAAGAGGCCUGAAAUCCUGGCUUAUGGGUCUAGCACGAGCUUGUCUCUGCUGAUAUGGAAUCCUGGUCGAGCUAGUUUAGCCCCUGUUUGA